AUGAUACUGCGAACAGUCCCCGGGGGCAUCGUCCUUUUUCUUCUACUCACGGGAUCGAUUGUUGCUCAGGAUGACGAUUCUUUGGCUGGUAGCUUCUUGUCAGGUUUAUUGGAUUCCAUAACGAGUACAGCUAAUAGCGCGGACUGUCCAGGGGUAUGUGUGCACGCGUUUGCCACCUUAAUAUGUUACGAAGUUCUCGAGCAUGUGCAAUGCCCUACUAGCAUGCGAUGUUGCAUCGAGGCACCGAUAAACGGAACCGGUACUUCCUCUGAAAACCUCCUCGAAGAUGAUAGUCCAACAUCGACUAUGCUCACCACCGUUAAGAUGGCAAUGACGUCUGUAAACGUCACCACACCACCAACGACUACAACACCGACGACUACAUCGACAGCGGCCCCGCCAAAAACUACCUCUGAUAGCCAGGUGGACACAGUCAACAAGACCUCGAUGAAAACAUGUUCCGGGAUUUGCAUGGCGGAGAGAAUCGCAGAUUACUGCGACGCCGUUUUGGUAAUCGACACUCUAUGCAAGCCAGGAUACAAAUGUUGCGUGUCCAGAGACACGUUCGGGGAUUCUCCUCCGCCGGAAUUGUUGGUGAUCGACCGAACAAAUUCGAGUCGGUUCGACGAGAAGACAGGCGUCAGUACGAUACACAAAGGCUCUUCAGUAUCCACGGCUGGGAGACCAAACACGUCGACCUCUGCCAGCGUGGUCACCACCACAAUUGCCACGACCGAUGCGAUGACGAGACAGCCAACGACCACUUCGAGGCCAAAGAUUACUGCGAAAAAACCAUGCAAGGGUGAAUGCGUCAGCGGUUUUUUCGCGCUUCUUUGCGACAAGGUGGACGGAGAUGCUGAAUGCCCCGAUGAUGGUUCCUGUUGCAUCAUCGACGCGUUCUUGAAAACGGAAACCACAACGACAAUUCGACCAACCACGAAGUCGCCGCAGCCAAAAUUACAGCCGUGUCCAGGAUUCUGUUUGUUGACUAUUAUGGCUGCUUUCUGUGAACGGCCGAACGUGAUAAUACCGAGGACGUCGACCUGCCAAUCUGGAUCUAUCUGUUGUGACGACACGAAAAUGACACCAUCUUCUUCGUAUCAGACUCCGAGGCCGAGGCCGAAACCUUCACCGAGACCACCGGUCACUACGGUUUCAUUGCCACCGGAUCCUCGCCCAGAAUGUCCUGGAUCUUGCAUCGUUUCUUACUUGUCUUUCACUUGUUUCAGAAACGCUGAACUGACAAAUUUAUUCAAAUGCAAGAAACACGGGCAUCAAUGUUGUGCGCCAAAAUCGCUGAUCCGAGAGUUCAGUGGUGGAAAUUCAAGCGAGCCAGUUUUGAGUAAUAGAAACGAUACCAUGUAUGUUACGUCGAGGCCAUAUACAACACCACUGACGACAACAGUGUAUGAAACAACGACAAUGACAACAACCAUGAGAAGUCCUGUAUACAGUAAGUACGUAUGUGGUGUGAAGGGAACUUCUCGUGGACCAAUCCAAGCACGUAGCUUUGACCGAGGAGCACGCGUCGUUGGGGGCGAGGACGCAGAUGCGAACGAAUGGUGUUGGCAAGUUGCUUUAAUUAAUUCUCUCAACCAGUAUCUCUGCGGCGGUGCACUCAUCGGAACACAAUGGGUGCUUACGGCAGCGCAUUGCGUUACAAACAUCGUAAGAUCCGGAGACGCGAUAUACGUGAGGGUAGGCGACCACGACCUAACACGGAAGUAUGGGAGUCCUGGCGCGCAAACCUUACGGGUUGCGACCACUUACAUUCAUCACAAUCAUAACAGUCAGACUCUGGAUAACGAUAUCGCACUGUUAAAGCUCCAUGGACAAGCGGAGCUUAAGGACGGUGUUUGUCUUGUGUGUUUACCUGCGCGGGGAGUUAGUCAUACAGCUGGCAAGCGAUGUACUGUCACCGGUUACGGAUACAUGGGUGAAGCUGGCCCCAUUCCUCUUCGAGUACGUGAAGCUGAAAUACCAAUCGUGAGUGAUGCGGAAUGUAUAAGAAAAGUGAACGCAGUGACAGAAAAAAUCUUCAUUCUACCAGCAAGCAGCUUUUGUGCUGGUGGUGAACAAGGCAACGAUGCGUGUCAGGGUGACGGAGGAGGUCCUUUGGUAUGUCAAGACGAUGGAUUUUACGAGCUGGCUGGUCUUGUUUCAUGGGGUUUCGGUUGUGGAAGAUUGGAUGUUCCUGGUGUUUAUGUCAAAGUCUCGGCGUUCAUUGGCUGGAUCAACCAAAUCAUUUCCGUGUAAAAAAUUCAGUUUUUGGUGAAAGUAAGCCGGACGAUCCACGCAUGAUAAAAUACCAA